AAUUGUCAUCAUGACAUUAUGGAAAAUAAUGAACUUUAUCACAAUAUGCUAAUAUUUUGAGAAGGACCUGUAUAAAGUCAUGCCAUGCUCUGCUAUAAUUUCAUCAGGUGGAAACAGAAAGUGAAAGUAAAAGUAAGGGAUUUAUUAUAAGUCAUGAGGCUGACCAGAGCAGGGGUCAUUAUUUAAGAGGAGGUGGUUGCUGUUGGUCCAUUUUGCAGCAGAGCAGCAACAGCAAGAUGUCUAAACCAACAAAUUGGGGAUUUUAUGUAGUUAGACAGCAUAGGGGAGACAGGGAGCAUUUUGUUCAGGCGGCUGAGUCUCCAACUCUGGACGAACCGUGGAGGGAACUACGCUGGGGAGAAAAACAGAAGACUCUUCAAUAUGCGCAGAAAUACAUGCCUGAAAAAGAUGAUAUCCGGUACCUACGAGUCCUUCUUUACGGACCCGUCGGAGCUGGGAAGUCCAGUUUUAUCAAUUCUGUCAGUAACGUCCUUCGAGGUCGGAUGACGAUUCCUGCUUUGGCCAGUGCGACCACCUCCGACAAAAGCUUCACCAAAAAGUAUGAAACUCAUAAAUUAAUUAAAGGACGAGGAAGCUCAAAGACUUUUUAUCCUGUGGUCUUCAAUGACAUCAUGGGUCUGGAAGAUGGGGACAGCCGUGGAGUUCAUGCUGAUGACAUCAAGCUGGCUUUGAGAGGAAAUGUUAAGGAGGGCCACAAGUUCAACCCGGUUUCUCCACUAACUCAAGAUGAUCCAGGCUACAACCCGACCCCCUCUGCUGAUGACAGAGUUCAUGUGCUGGUCUGUGUGAUGUCUGCCAACGCUCCACAGAUUAAAUCAUCAGUUCUGGAGAAGAUGAGUAAGAUCAGAGAAACAGCCAGUGACCUGGGAAUUCCUCAAAUGGCCAUGAUGACGCACAUCGAUGAAGCCUGUGGCGAAACUGAGAUGGACUUGAGGAAUGUGUACAAGAGCAAGCACCUGAGAAAAAAGAUGAAAGACUUCAGUGCAGCAGUGGGAAUCCCAAUGAACUGCAUCUUUCCUGUGAAGAACUACAGCGAAGAAAUCGACCUGAACGAUGAUGUUGAUAUUCUGAUCCUGAGCGCCCUGAGGAAAAUUAUCGAUUUUGGAGACGAUUUCGUCGAGAAGAUUUAAGCUGAGUUUUAGAGGCAACCUUAAGGUGGAAGAAGUUCAGUUACAUAUACUGUAUAUUGGAUACAGUUAAGGCUUCAUUCAGUUGCUUUAAGCUAGGUCGUUUUAUAUUUUGGAAUCCUGCUUUGGAAAUAAAGGCAAUGCAGCAUUUAGCGGAGUAAGCCUUCAGUUUUAUUAAAUUAUUUCAACUUUGAAUAAAACUUGAUGUUACACUUUUAAGUGAAACUUAUGCAAGGAUAACAGUGCAAAAGAGCAAAUGCAGCUCUUCCAACUUCAGAUUUGCAUGUGAAAUUAUGACAGAGGAAAAACAUUGUGGGUUAUUGCAAUGUUAAAUAACAGGACAAUGUCUACUCUUUUGAAUAAGCAGAAAUUAUUGUAAAUCAGGACUGAAAACAUGACUGUUUACUGCAGCCAUGUCUUAAUUUUUUAGUUUCUUAAAAAUGUAAACAGUUCUUUUGUUUACAUGAUUUUCUGUCAUGUUUUUAUGCUUUUAUUGGACGUUUCCUUGAGCCUUUGAUUUAUCAGGUGACUGCCUGUUAUUUAUGUGAAGCACUUUGAAUGAGGGGGCUGUACAAAUAAACUCGCUUUGCCUUUUAUUUAUCAGUAUUACAGUGCAGACGCAGUUGCUAUGUAAUGUGGUACAAUGUUAAUGUCUAGGCUGUUUGGUCGAUUGGAAAUGAUGUGAUUUUAAUGUAAGAGGAAGAUUCAAUGUUCGAUCAGUUUGAAUAAACUCCAUCGAUCUCACUUA